AUGGCGCUCCCGGCCCAGCUCAAACCCAUCCAGCACCACCUGCGGACCGCACAGGAACAUGAGAAACGGGACCCGGUCGUGGCUUACUACUGCCGGCUCUAUGCUAUGCAGACAGGCAUGAAGCUGGACAGUAAAACACCAGAGUGCCGAAAGUUCCUGGUCAAACUCAUGGACCAGCUGGAGUCGAUGAAGAAGGAGCUGGGCGAUAACGACUCCAUCAGUCAGGAGGUGGUCGGCAACGCCCACAUUGAAAACUACGCCUUAAAGAUGUUCCUGUACGCCGACAACGAGGACCGAGCGGGACGAUUCCACAAGAACAUGAUCAAGUCUUUCUACUCAGCCAGUCUGCUGCUGGACGUCUUGUCUGUGUUCGGGGAGUUGUCAGAGGAGAACAUCCAGCACAGGAAGUACGCCCGCUGGAAGGCCACCUACAUCCACAACUGUCUGAAGAACGGAGAGACACCUCAGGCCGGGCCCAUCGGCAUGGAGGGGGACGGGGAAGCAGACGAGUUUGGAGCUGAAGGUUUCUCAGGCCAGGAUCUCUCCCUCAGAGGCUCCGUCAGAGGUGGGCCACCAUCUGACCAGGAUCAGGGUUUGGGUCCAGGUCCAGCCCCAGGAAUCGGCUUCACUCCCAGUCCAGGAUCAGGGGCAUCGGGUCCUCCCACAACCAACUUCAACAACAUCCAGAUCCCACCAGGGGCCCACGCACCGGCCAACACUCCAGCCGAGCUGCCUCCACCCACAGCAGAAGCAGCUAAACCAGUGCCUCUCCCUCGAUCGGUGCCCGCGGUCGACCCCACACUGCUCAACGCCCAGCAGCAGGGCGGCGUCCAUCUCACCCCGGAGGAGUUCACCAAGGCCCAGAAGUACUGCAAGUACGCGGGCAGCGCCCUGCAGUACGAGGACGUCGGCACGGCCAUCCAGAACCUCCAGAAAGCCCUGAAGCUCCUCACCACGGGCAAAGAAUGAAGCCUUUGUCCCGCUCCCAUCUGAUCCCUCCAUCCCUCCUUCUCCUUCCAGACAUCCCCCUCUUUUCUCCACAGCAGCGCCGCGCUAUCUGCCACUGAUCACACACACACACACACACACACACACUCUGAGCCGUGCUGUGAAGAGAGACGCUCAGCUCGCCGUCAGACGACAUGAUGGAAAUCAGGCUUCAACAAUGGCUGCCUGUGUCUGACACUGACUGACUGACUGACGGACAGACGGACGCGCCGACUCUUUCUUGUAUUAUUACCACUAGAAAUCGUCGUUGUGCUUCUGAGUCGCAGCUCGAAUCUCAGUUUGACUAAACAGUCUCACCUCAUCUCGUCCACUUGGUCCUGAGCUCUGAGGCUUUUCCCUGCAGUGAUGUUGCUGCUGUGUGAAGACGCUGCAGAGCUUCAAAUCUUCUGUAUCUGUAACCUGACGUUAGAAAAACACAUCAGUGGUCAGACUGUUCUGGAUCCAAUCAGCCGGUCGAGUUAAAUCCCUGAUGCAUCGCAGUCGCUCACCUCCACCUUCAACAUCCACCCGACAGUUAGAUAUAACUGCUGCACGUGCUGACUCGUAGUAUAAACAGUCAUCAUCCAUCAUCCAACAUCAUCUGACUGAAAUGUUAAAAUGGCCCCAACAAUGUCUUCAGUUUUAAUUUUGACAGGCAUGCUAGCUUUUCCAUCUGUUUCCAGUCUUUAUGCUAAGCUAUGCUAACGAUCACCUGUUGACUUUCUGACCCGACACUCGACUAACCAGGACACUAAAAUACGACCGACUCGUUUCUACAUUCAGACACGUUGAGUUUAAAUGUUGGACUGACUGAGGAGCUAACUGAGACGAAUCUUUCUGACCCCGGAACACAUUUGUGUCUCUGUAUGUUUCAGUUCCAGCUCGUUAUCAUUAACGUAACCACAUGUUUACAAUCAGAGUGAAUCAAGCUGCUGUGGAGGUGUUGGAGGGUCAGCAGGGGGCGCUCAUCCACAGAUCAUCCUCUGACUUCUGCUGUCUCGGAGUCGUUUGUCUUGUAGCUUCACUUCCUGUGUGGAUGAUUAAUAUUUGUGGGCAGAAGUUUUUCUUUCUGGUUUCUAUUUAACACUUCAGACUUUAUUUUAGUGGGACUUUAAAGCUUUUCACAAACCUGCAGUCAGAUGUCGACAUCAGAGUGACUCCAAACAAUUUGAAUAAAAUAUUUGAACUGUU